AUGACCAAAUCGUACAGCGAGAGUGGGCUGAUGGGAGAGCCUCAGCCGCAGGGUCCUCCGAGCUGGACAGACGAAUGUCUUAGUUCUCAGGACGAGGAGCACGAGACAGACAAAAAGGAGGACGACCUCGAAGCCAUGAACGCGGAAGAGGACUCACUGAGGAACGGGGGAGAGGAGGAGGAAGAAGAGGAGGAUCUGGAAGAGGAGGAAGAAGAGGAAGAGGAGGACGAUGAUCAAAAGCCUAAGAGACGCGGCCCCAAAAAGAAGAAGAUGACCAAGGCGCGCCUGGAGCGUUUUAAGCUGAGACGCAUGAAAGCUAACGCCCGGGAGCGGAACCGCAUGCAUGGGCUGAACGCGGCGCUGGACAACCUGCGCAAGGUAGUGCCCUGCUACUCCAAGACACAGAAGCUGUCCAAAAUCGAGACACUGCGCUUGGCCAAAAACUAUAUCUGGGCUCUGUCGGAGAUUCUGCGUUCCGGCAAAAGCCCUGACCUGGUCUCCUUUGUACAGACGCUCUGCAAGGGCUUAUCCCAGCCCACCACCAACCUGGUUGCCGGCUGCCUGCAGCUCAAUCCUCGGACUUUUCUGCCUGAGCAGAACCAGGACAUGCCUCCGCACCUGCCGACUGCCAGCGCUUCUUUCCCGGUGCACCCCUACUCCUACCAGUCUCCGGGGCUGCCCAGCCCGCCCUACGGCACCAUGGACAGCUCCCAUGUCUUCCAUGUCAAGCCGCCGCCGCAUGCCUACAGCGCAGCGCUCGAGCCCUUCUUUGAGAGCCCUCUGACUGAUUGCACCAGCCCUUCCUUUGACGGACCCCUCAGCCCGCCGCUCAGCAUCAAUGGCAACUUCUCUUUCAAACACGAACCGUCCGCCGAGUUUGAGAAAAAUUAUGCCUUUACCAUGCACUAUCCUGCAGCGACCCUGGCAGGGGCCCAAAGCCACGGAUCAAUCUUCUCGGGCGCCGCUGCCCCUCGCUGUGACAUCCCUAUAGACAAUAUUAUGUCCUUCGAUAGCCAUUCACAUCAUGAGCGAGUCAUGAGUGCCCAGCUCAAUGCCAUCUUUCACGAUUAGAGGCACGUCAGUUUCACCGUCCCUGGGAAACGAACCCACUGUGCUUACAGUGACUGUCGUGUUUACAAAAGGCAGCCCUUUGGGUACUACUGCUGCAAAGUGCAAAUACCCCAAGCUUCAAGUGAUAUAUGUAUUUAUUGUCGUUACUGCCUUUGGUAGAAACAGGGGAUCAAAGUUCCUGUUCACUUUAUGUAUUAUUUUCUAUAGCUCUUCUAUUUUAAAAAAAAAUACAGUAAAGUUAAAAAAAUGCACCACAAAUUUGGUGCAGCUGUAUUCAGAGCAUAUUAAUUAUCUGAUCGGGAUAACAAAAUCACAAGCAAUAAUUAGGAUCUAUGCAAUUUUUAAACUAGUAAUGGGCCAAUUAAAAUAUAUAUAAAUAUAUAUUUUUCAACCAGCAUUUUACUACUUGUUACCUUUCCCAUGCUGAAUUAUUUUGUUGUGAUUUUGUACAGAAUUUUUAAUGACUUUUUAUAAUGUGGAUUUCCUAUUUUAAAACCAUGCAGCUUCAUCAAUUUUUAUACAUAUCAGAAAAGUAGAAUUAUAUCUAAUUUAUACAAAAUAAUUUAACUAAUUUAAACCAGCAGAAAAGUGCUUAGAAAGUUAUUGUGUUGCCUUAGCACUUCUUUCUUCUCUAAUUGUUAAAAAUAAUUGCACAAUUUGAGCAAUUCAUUUCACUUUAAAGUCUCUCCCUCUCCUUAAAAUGAUAACCAGAUCCAUAAUUCUUAAGAGGAUGAAUAAAAACAAGAGAUGUAUUCCCUAUCAAAACAUAUCAAUUCAAUACAUUACUUGCACAAGCUUGUAUAUACAUAUUAUAAACAAAUGCCAACGUACCCUUCUUUAAAUCAAAAGCUGCUUGACUAUCACAUACAAUUUGCACUGUUUCUUUUUAGUCUUCUACUCCUUCGCAUUCCAUGAUUUUACAGAGAAUCUGAAGCUAUUGAUGUUUCCAGAAAAUAUAAAUGCAUGAUUUUAUACAUAGUCACACAAAUGGUGGUUUGUCAUAUAUUCAUGUAAUGAAUCUGAGCCUAAAUCUAAUCAGGUUGUUGAUGUUGAGGUUUUUUUAUCUAUUGUAGUCAAUUAGUACAGUAGCUUAAAUAAAUUCAAACCAUUUAAUUCAUAAUUAGAACAAUAGCUAUUGCAUGUAAAAUGCAGUCCAGAAUAAGUGCUGUUUGAGAUGUGAUACUGGUACCACUGGAAUCGAUCUGUACUGUAAUCUUGUUUGUAAUCCUGUAUAUUAUGGUGUAAUGCACAAUUUAGAAAACACUCAUCCGGUUGCAAUAAAAUAGUAUUGAAAAUCUGA